ACAGUUUUCAGAUUCGUAAUGGCAGACGUUUGUUAUCAUUUGAGGUAAUUGGGUUUUGUGUAUUGUUUGUGAGGUGUGUGUGUAUGUUUAGUGACAAUACAUUUUGAUAAAGUUAAUUUUAACUUUUGGUCUGGCCCUUUUUGUAAGCAGUGUGCACAAGUUGUGACUUUUAAGUGUUUGUGUUUUAUUGAAUGAUCACAAAAAUUUCUAAUAAUUUUAAAGUAUGUGAAACUGCAUAAAAUACUUCAAAUAAACCUUUACGACGUAGAGGAGAACUGUCCAAUAUGAACAUUGACAAAUGGGCUGUGUUUGACGAAUGGUGAAGAAAUGAUGCACUCGCAGGAGCCGAGGGUCUCAAGUUCGCAGGAUUCUCUCUGUCUGAACAACAACUCGAGUGUUUCAGCUCUAGUGAAGAGGCUCAACUCUUGCACUGCUACGCCGCCUGCUUCGAAGGGCUCCACUGGUAACAAUGAAGAAGAGAAGAAGGUGUUGGCGAUACUGCCAUGGCUGCCUCAGUUUUCCAUGCUGUCGAGGUUCUCUCUGGGGAGCCGCAACAUCAAGCAGCUCAAGAAGCUCAUGUCUCUGUAUCUGGGGCAUAUUUCGGAGAUGGUGAAGAAAAGUUUGAAGAAAACUGUGCGAGCAGCGAAACUGAAGAAAAAUAUGUCAGAAGUACUGGUCAUGUUCCAUAUGAGAUAUCUAGACAUUCGGGAGUCUUUUGAACAAGGAUCCUACUUGGACACAAUGUCUGAUUUGGUUGCUAUGUAUUUGGAUAUGGAAAUCAGAGCUUCAAAGCGUAUGAAGGAGACCUUGCCAAAUGUGGUUUCAAGACUGACAAUGUAUCUAUACAUUCUUCUAGGGAACUCUGAAAUCCAUAUUUUGGAGACUAUCCUGAAGGCAAGAUUAUUCACCAAACAUCAUGAAAAAAUCUGUGCACCAAUUAUUGGGAAGGUAGUUGGUUCGGCGAAGCCAUCUUCACUGCAGACGAUGAUGUACGUGAGGUACCUCCUAGUGUACAAGCUGUGGAAGAGGGUGGCAGGCAGCAGUGUGGAGAGAAUACGCAUCAACAAGUUAGCCAUGCAGAAGCUUGUGGCCCCGGCAAGCCUCCUGGACAAAUCUUCGGCGCCCAUCUUUAUCUCGGUUCUUCCUAAGAAACCAAAGACUAAGAAGAACACCACCAUGUUCUUCAUGCAAGCAAAGUUUGAUCUCAAGAAAUCUGUGCAGGCUUUCUUGAAGCUCUUGAAGGAAUCUAAGAUUUCUGAUUUUCCAGCCGUGAUGACCAAAAAAUCUGCAUCUCUUAGUUCUCCAUCACCUUUUUUAGACAUCGAAAGUAGCGUAAGUAUUAAAGUUGUGCUGUUUACUACUUUGUUUUACCAUUUAAAUUGAAAGUAUGUCAGUAUAUAAAUUUUGAUUGAUUAUUUGACAAAUUCGGAAAUCAGACUCCGGCAACUUAAAAAUAUCAAGAUUUAGUUUUUACUUCUUGAAGUGCAAUUCCAUUAGUUUUUUUUAUUUUUUGAAGGAUAAGGCAUUUUUGUUAUCAUCAUUAUACGUAUACUAAAACUGGCAUGAUGCUUUUUAUUUAUUUUAUCAUAUUCAUCCAUAAACUUUUGGGACAUUGCAAUGAAAUGUUAGGAUUUCUCAGGUACUCUUGUUAUUUUCACCAGUACUUUUUGUUGCUUCUCUACAUAAGAGAGUCAUCCUUUUGUGUCUCUAAAAAUUACCGUAUUUACUCACAUGUAGGUCGCGGCAAUUUUACCAGAUUUGGUGGGGAAAAAAUUAAGUGCGACUUAUAUGUGAAGAAAAAGUUUUGAGGAAUUUUUUUGCAAUAUUUUGCUUUAAAAUGCGAAAAAGAAGUUUAUAUAGGUAUAGGCAAAUUUUUUACAAUGUACACAUACAGCGAAACCCCUAAUUUACGUUACCGUUAUUUACGUUUUCCCGUUAUUUGCACUAUAUUCUUCAGGUCCCGUUUAGUUCCCAUUUAGUCCAAUACAAAACUUUCACGCAAAUUACGAUUCAAAAAUCGAAUCCAUCCCGCUAUUUACGUCACGUAACAACCAUAAACAACCAGAAAAUACCGUGGGUACUUAAAGAGUAAAUAAGAUUAGCUAGUAGGCCUAAAAACACUAAAAACAUUGUGAAAAACGUUAACGUUUAUAGUCGGCAAUGAACAUUUUAAAUCGCAAAAUAUACAUAUUUUAUAACAUGAAAAGUUGCUUUUAUUUCUAAACAUGUAAUAAUUUAAGCCUAGGCGUGUAAAAUCCAAGUAAUUAUAGCAGGAGACAAUCUAAAACGCACGAGGGAAAAACGUAAACUCACGAAUGUAUGAACGUGGCUGAUUGUUAAUUUCUGAUACUGUAUUUAUGUCACAACUUAGCCGAAAUACUGGUACGAGACAAACUUCACAAGAUAAAAUGAGCGGAGUCUUGGUAACUGUUUUAUAUGUAUUUUAUAAUUUCGGAAGCAUUGUACAGUUGAUGCAUAUUUUUUAAACUAACAAUUUAUUUCUGGGGAUCGUAAUUAAUUAAUUAUUGGUAUCAAGACAUCUAGAUGGACGUAAACUUGAACGUGUCACGGCAGCGAGAAAACUGGUGCGUAUACCAAUAAACUGGUAUUAGAACUGGUCAAAACUGGUACACGGGAGGUGGAGCUUAUAUUUUUUUUCCGCUAAGCUUGCAUCUAUUGGCUGGCUGCUGAUGGGAGGUCACGAGUCUGGGCGGAGCAUUGAGUGAGUUAUACUGCGCAUGCGCAGCUCAGUGAACAAAGAGAGCCAGCUGGCGGCCACGCCGCGCCGAAACAGCAGCUGAUCGAGUACAAUGACCUUUCUCCGCGCACGGCGCACGGCGCGGUAAUGAAUUACCGGUGCGACCUAUAUGGGGGGAAUCUUAAAUACCAAAUUCAAGACAUCAAAUUAUGGGUGCGACCUAUCUGCAAUGGCGACCUAUAUGCGAGUAAAUACGGUACUUUUGACAACCCAUUAAUUUUUAAGCUAUUUCACUCUCCUCCUUUUUUCUCCAUCUCAACUAUGUUGUCAAUGAGGUAUUGAGGAUUGAAGUAACAAAAAUUUUGGAUCAAAUUCUAUAAAUGCCAGUUGUUCUAAUUUGUGUAUUUUUUGCUUAAGUGUAUAUUUCUUGUCAUAGUUGCUUGUAUAAUGUAACAAAUAAACCAUGCAUUACAAAAUUUUAUCUCUUUUGCAGCUGGUAUGUGGUGAUGAAAGCAUCAGCCCUUUCAACGACAUCUGGUCCAGCAUCAGCAGCAUCGAUGUAAAUUUCUCAGAGCAAGUUCAGGAAAGUCCUGUCAUAGAGGUGAAGAAAGAGAAGGAAACGGAUGUAACCAGCACGCAGAAAUCUCCUACAAUGAAAAAGCAUAAAAAAAUGAAAGGGAAAAUAAAAGUCAUUGCAAAUUCAAGUAAAGAGAAGCGGAAAAGGAAGAAAAACAAGCAGAAAUCUGUAAAAACGUGUACAGCUCUGUCAUUGAACUGCAUUAAACCAAGUGUGAUUUGUAAGGAAAGCAAGAAGAAAAAUGAUAAACUCUGCAGGAAAGAAAAUUCACUUUCAGUUGUUGAUCUUGCAUCUAAUCUGAGAGCGCUGUCAACCAUUGAUAGUUCUGUAACACCAGACUCAGUUUUAGCAAGUGCAGUGUCACCUAGGGAAGUGCACUCUUUGCAGUACGAAAGCCUGUCAUCUACAACGCCUAUGGAGAGUCUACCUGCAGGCAUCCCCACUCCCCCAGCUAGCCUUCCCCCACCUGUUGCGGAACAAAUCCCUCCGACUCCGAUCCGGGCGCCGGUUUCGGGCAUCACCACUUCCUUGGAGGCUCUCCUAGAGGGACUUCCAAGGAAGCGAGAGCAGCCUGACUCUGACGACGGGGAUCGGGAGUUGGAAGAUGUGAAGUGUAAUUUGAGAGAGUUGGGAAAUGUUGCCGACAGUUCGCACAUGGAGGUGGGGGAAGUGGAUAGCAAACUCAACAUACUUACCACCAGCAGUGUGAAUACAGCAAGCGUUGCAGAAAGAGUAGAGAAUUCUGGUCACAUCAUGGAGCUCAGUACCAAUAUCAAAGGAGAUUUAGAUGAGGGAGUUAAGAGUCCACCUAGUAGAGGUAGCAGUGUUAUUUGUUUAGGGAGUGAGAUGGAUGCUGAAGACAAUCUGGCUUCUCUGUGCAUGGAUAUUGCUCUAGAAGAAGAACAUUGCAUGGUGGAGGACACAUUGGUGCAGCCAGAGAGCACUGCCAGACAUAAAGUUGAGAGUGUGCAAGACAGAACCGUAGGGUCGGUUGCGUGUGUAAUUCAGAAUGUUCCUGAUAUUGUCAAAGUUGAUUCCAGUGGUCAUGUCAGUGACUGUGAACUUUCACCUAUACAUAGUCUGGCAGUUUACCCAGGCACUAAUAUUUCUCCUGUAUGUGGCAGUACCACUUACAACAGUGUUAUUUCAGUUGUCGGGGUCCCUGAAACCAACUCUUUGAGUACAGAGAUGGCAAGGGACUCAAAAAUAGACUCUAUGUUCGCUGACUCGCCACUUGAUGAACAACCAGCAGUUGCCAGUAAUUCUAUUGGUGACGUUGCAGGCACUGAGGACUCAUUGAGUGGUGAGUCGGUGACCAUCGUAAAUAACUCCGACAAAAUUAUAGUGAAUGGAGAUAUUGACGUUGCAGAAGUCGUAAUUCCGACUGUUACGCCUAUAACUCCAGAUGCUGUUGAAUGUGGCUCUCUAAGUAUUGUGGGGUUGUCUGAUUCGGGUACUGAGGUACAAAAUGGGGAAAAUAGUUUGAAAACUUCAACACCAUCAAAUGUCAUAGUUCCUUGUACUAGUAGUAACGUAGCAAUGUUGCCAAGUGAUAACCUUCCAAUCGUUGAUGAUGAUCAGUCAUCAGAUGAAGUGCAGAUUAUUAGUGAACAUGUUACAGUUCGUCCUAGGCGACCUGUUAAAAAUGAAUCUCAAGCGCGAGAUGAUUUUACGAGGUUGCAGAAAGACUUGUUCAAUUCGGCAGAAUAUGAUUCGGAUGUGGAAAUUUUAGAAGGGCUUGCAAAGGACACCAGAGAAGACUUAACAUUAAGUCAUGAAAGGGCAACAAUUGCUAGGGUUGAGCAUAGAAACGAACUUGUUGUUGAGCAGGUUUUGAGUGGCCAGUUUCCGGUCACACUGGAUUUGGACAAUUCACAAGCUACACUUGCAGGAGACCUUAACUUCUGUGGGGCUCCACCGGAUUCACCUCCUAUUAAUGGCGGGACAUUGCACUUCAAUGAAAUGAGCCCUAUAAAUAAUAAAACGGGGGGUUUAGAGUUUAGUCUUUAUGAAAAGACAAGUGACAAGAUACAGCCAGGUUCUACUGAUCCUUGGUUAACUGACAGCACUAAUUCUUUUUCGUUUAACUUCAGCCGUUUUUCACCUGUGCAGGAAACUGCUCCGAUGGAUUUUUUAGAUGAUGAUGCAGAUUUAUCAGAUGAUGCAUAUAGUGCUUAUAGUUCUCACGUACCUAGAUUCUCUGAGGGGGGCAAACGUCGUUCUGAAGAAUUUCGAACUAAGAGUCACAAAGAGGGUUUGGAAAAUUUGCCAGAUAGUCGAGUAGAGUGCAACGGCGUGCAAUCAAGUGCUGCGACUGAAUUAAAUAGGACAGCACCGAGGCCCGUUUCCCCUGUGCUACAGAAAGAAAGCGAACAAAAUGUACCUUUGUGUAGUCGUAAACCUUCAUCCGAAAAAUCAAGUGUACGCUUUCCCCAAGUAAACACAGUUAGGCAUUUCACGUCUAGUUUGCCGUGUGACCAGCAAGAGGACAAGAGUGAUGGUGAUGGCGAUAGUGUUGUAGAACCUCCCUGCAAAGUGACGCGGACAUCUAAAUCCUCCUCUCCAAGUGAAGAGGCUGAUUAUUUUAGGCAGAUUUCAAGUGUUCAACUUGAACACUUGAGUGAAGAGACCGUGGCAGCGCAACAAGCAUCUGCUAGAGAGAUGAGUCCAGUUACAAAAGCUUUAGAUGAACCUAAGCAACAAAAUAAACAGGCUCCUAAAGCUAGUCCAAGAGGUAUGUGUGUAGACAAUGAUACUAUUAAGUUAGAUGUACCUAUUGGUAAUUAUACUAACAUGCCUCCCAUUCCUUCCUUCCCAUCCGUGCCUAGUGCUCCUCUUGGCUUUAGCUAUCCUCCUUAUGUUGGUUGUUGCUGUUCUCUGUGCUACAUUGCCAUGCUCUCAGGCAAUCGCUACCAGGGGCACUAUUUGCAGCAUUACCAGAAACCCCAAGAAACAGAAAGUGAAAAUCAAGCAUUGCUCAAAGAAAUAGAGAAGUCUCUGAGCAAUUCAGUGCAGGCUGAUGUGGAUUUAGGGAGCAAAGAUGAGCAGGAUUCUCAGUACUCGGCAGGUAAAGAAUCUUCGCUGCCUUUGAAGAAACGCUUGAAAAGCAUUCCACCUGAGCCCGUGAGUCAGGUGUCUGCAAAUCAAAGUGAAGUUUUGAGUUCAAGUUGUGAGAAUCUGCCGUCGUAUCAGUCUCGUAGGAUGAUCAGUAUUGCAGAGCUAGAACUGAAUAAAACAGUGUUAAAGAAAUGGGAAGAUCAAGUGGGGAUGGGAAAGAAUGUGCAGUACCCACAGUAUAAUCAUAAUGGUUAUUACAGCAGUUAUCAAAUGCCAGGAAAAGAUGAGUAUGCAGCUAAUUUGCAAGAGGAUGCAAUGCAGGAAAAAAGAUAUCCACUAGAGUUACUGCAUAAUGAGCAAGACUACAAUUACAAAAAAAUAUCUUCAGAGGCAGUGUAUAAAGAUGGUUUGUGUUAUAAUCCUAGCAUGCCAGCAAAUUUCCAACUUAAUAAAGAUACAAAUAUGAAUUGUGUGAAGUUGAAAAUGUCUGUCAAUAAUUCUGAUGCUUGUAAGAGACCCUUUAAAACACCAGCUGAACUGAAGCUGAUUCCAUCAAUGCCAGAUAGCUUAAAAGAACUUUCAGCCAUGUCCUUUAAAUCUGGAUUUUUCCAAGGUCUGGCAAAUAGUGAACCUUGUCAUACUUCUGUAGCUAAUAGACUUUCAAGUGUUAACCAUCCCGUCACAAACAAAGAAUGUAGACAAGUUUUGGAUCUGUCUGUUGUGAAAAAUGUGCACUGUCAAAAAGGUGGACGUAAACGAAAAACAAAUGGUACUUCUGUAUAUAAUGGCAACUAUUCCAAGAGAAGGUGUAAAGCGAACAGUGUUGUGCAAACCACUGAAAUGAUAGACGGUUUUCUUGUGCCGUACGAGAAGAAGCGACGAAAGAAAGAUUCUUCUAGGUAGCCAAAGUUGAAGGCUCUGAUGUUCAGCUGUACCUGUACCAAUUAACCUAAAAUCUUGUGAUAUUGGAGAUAUCUAGUUUCUACACAAUCUAGAUUGGUGUUAUUCCAGUUAGUUUUUGUUGUAACAUACUAUUUUGAUUUAUGCAUGAACAUGACUUUUCAUACCCAUACAUCGGUUUUGUAGUCCGUGUUAAGACUUGGCAGGCAUCUUUGCCAUGAAUAUUCCUUUAUGAAUGCUGGUGUUACUUAGUCAAAUCUGAGGCACUGAUAUUUACAGACAUCAGAUUUUACUUUUUUUUGCAUUCUUUAUAAGUGUUGGGAAGUGUCUUUAUUUUAUUUUGAACUGUAUAGAAACAGGGAAAGGAUGCUGCAUUAUUAUGAUGAAUAGUAAAUAUGUGUAGUUCACGUCCAGUAAUUAUUUUUACAAGUUUUGUACCAAAUACUACAUUGAGUCUCAAGUUAUAAAUGAUGUUGAGUGUUGGAAGAUUAAACUGCUGCAGUUUUAUCAAAACAUCGUGAAGAUGUUUAUUGGCUGUGAAUUUAAUUAAUACUACUACCAGAUCAAGAGAUCAUAUAAAACAUCACAUUGGCAUGUUGUAACGGCAUGUUACAAAGAAAAUGUCUGUACAGUUUUUUCUACAUCUAUAUUUCAGUGAAAUUGAAAGAAAGUUACUUAAAGUGUCUGUUUUCCACAGAUCUGAGAUAGCUUUUAAAGAAUGUUUUUAUAAUUAUUUGCUUGUACAUUAUUGCCUCUAAAAUGUGAUGCAAAAUAUAAAAAUAUUUUCGAUAACAUUUUUUUACAUAAAUAUUGAAGGAGCAUUGGUGGAAUUGUUCCAAAACAUAUUUGAUGAUAUUCUUCAAGAAUAACAAAAGUUAAAGAGUAUGGGGCAGAGUAUUUUUGUUACAUUUGGUCAGUGUCCAGAAGAAUAAAGUGUUCUUCAUCAUGAUUCUUGCCAGAGGUGUAUCAACAUGACCUCCAAGAUCAUGUGGGAUGCCAAACAAUUUGGUUACUGACCCACAGAAAUAAAAUGUGUUCAAGAAAAAUAUAUUCAGAACCUUUUCUUUUUAUCACACAUUGAAUAAAUUAAAACAUCUAAUGGAAGAAUCAAAUGAUGUAAUUAAAAAAUAUAUAUUUUUGUGUAGUGAGUUAAUUUUUAGACAAAAAAGGUCAUUCAAUAUAGAAAAUAUCUUUUUUCAAUUUAUGCUUACUACUAAGCAAAGCUGAAGAUAAAAUAAAGUGCAUUGAAAAGGAAUACAUGUCCUAGUUGAACAGUUUUGGUUUGUUCUUCCAAGUCUUUAUGCUAGUGAAAAUGUAAUGUUAAUGAAUCAUGAAUGGUGAAGUGAGAAAAAAAAGUGAUCAUGGAAUUAACCGUUUUUUUUUUUUAAAAAGUGUUUAAUGUGUUGGGUGUUCAUACUUGAAGAGCUAUGAAGAAUGGUUUCAAAUAGUUAAUGUUUUACAAAUGUGGACAAUUAUUUUUGUUUUAAUUUUCGUGUGAAGAAUAUGUGUUCUGUGUACAUUAAUAAUGCAGUCCAUUAAUAAUAGAUUGACAUGGAUUUCAAAGUGUUGUAUUAUGCAAAGUGUGUUCUAUAAGUGGUGUAAAAGAAAGUUCAUUAGAAAUAAGUAUUUUACUUUGCAUAUAUUUUAAUUAUAGAAUUUUUUAAAACCUCCAGUUCUUAAUCAAUGCCAUGGUAGUCAGAUCAUAAAGUGGCAUGGCAGCUUUAUUAUAUGCAUUAACUUGUGAUAUAAAUUGCAUUUCAAAAAAUUAAUGGAUAUUAAUAUUUUGUACCCAUGAAAAAUACGGAAUUGCAAAAUUAAAGAGAAUUUCAAGAAAAUUUAUUGAAAGUGAUUUGUUUUUUUAAAAAUUAAUAUCAACAAACAAAUUUUGGUGCUUAUUUAACAUUAAGUAUCUUGAAGAAACAGUUCAUAAGCAUAGCACCAAGUGAUACUAUGCAAGAAUACUAUGCAACCAUAUUUCAGUGUUUAGUGAGAUCACUAAACUAUAAGUGACAGCAAAGUUAUGAUAAACAAUUUUGUUGCAUUAUUAGUAUAAUGUCUUAUCUACAAAUUUUAAGAAUUUUUUUUUGUGAUACAAGUUUAUAUGAUGCAACUUUGCAAACAUUGGGUAUAUUAUACUUGAAUAAUGUUUUGGAAGGGAUAUUAGCUCAAUUUACAUGUAGUGUUUAACGGAAGUGCUUGAGAAUUGCAAAAUCCAAGAAACUUGAAGAACUACCAACAUUGUCUGUGUGUCAAGUAGCCAAAGCCUAAUAUUUUAUUUAAAUUUUAAAAUGUGUCCUUCCUGAACUACCUUUAAAACAAACUUUUUAUUUGCAGAUUUCAAGCUAUAAGUACUUUGUUUGGAUAAUGUAUUUUAUUUUCAGUCUGGUUAACCUUUUUUCAAGAAAUUAAUUGAAUUGAAGAGCAGGCAAGUAAUAUUUAUAUUCAGAAAUAUUGGAUGAAUUUAAAAUAAAAGUAUGAAGUGUAGUCAUAUUAAGAAAAAACUUUUUAAAAUUUUUAUCUAAAUGAUACUUAUUUUAAAAUUUUAUGCUAUUCAAAUUGGCUUGGAAUGUUUAUCUAUUUUAAAGUUCUUGCUUCAAGUGUUUAUGAAGAAACAAAUCAAAUUGAAAAAUAUAUGAAUAAUUUACCAAUUUAAUGGCUAGGGAAAAAUAUUUGCUAGGUUGAAGUAUAAAUAAUGGUUUAAUGAUAUUACUAGAUGUUCUGAUGACAUUUGAGUCCAAAAAUAUAUAAAACUUAAAAUUGCUUUAACUUUUAAUGUGAAUGUAAUGCAAAGCUGUUAAUUGCAUCAAACAAUUUUUUUUAUAUAUAAAUUCAAAGUGCUUGAAGUAAAAAAUGAUUGAUUCAAACACUAUUUCAAUAUAAAUUCCAACGUUACAAUUGAGGAACUCAAAAUAGCUAAAAUGAAUGCUGCUGCUAGUUGGGAAACCUACAUGUUGUUCAAGAUGCCUAUGCUAAUAAUAAUUGAUUGGAAAAUAUUCUCUCAUCAGCAUCUUGCACAACAAGGUAGAGGCAGACCUGCCCGAGGGAGGGGCCGUGGUUCCAAAUCUGUGGCAUGUGUCCGCAAGGCUUCUUACUCGUCAUCCGAUGAUGACGAAGUUGUUCGGCAAGCGGUGAAGGCCAUCCAGUUAGCCAACCAGGCUAGCGAGAAGUGUCGACAGAAGCCCAGUGCACCUGUGCACUUUGUCCGUCGUAGCACAAGGCAGCACACCAUGUACAGCAAGCCUCAAAUGUUGUGCCCGGACCUAGAUCACAGCGAAGGUGAAUCCUCUGACAAUGGGGAUGAAGAUUUGGAACCAUGGAAAAAGUCUAGCAGAGGGCGAAAGCCAGUUGCAGAUAGCUCGAGGAAAAGGCUGAGAAAUGAACCUGUGAAUAAGAGACCACAGAAGAAAGAAGGUUCAGAACUGAAUACGAAGGAGAAGGUUUCCCCAGCAGCAAAGAAGUCGAGGCGGAGACAAUAGUGAUUUGUUUAUUGGUCAUGUUCAAGCACGUAAUAUUUGUAUAUUCUGCUUAGUGAACGUUAAUUCAUGUGUGUUCAGUUUUAAGAAGAAUCUGUCCAGUGUUCUUAAAGUUAUUACUUGUGUGGCAAGGACAAGGUUAAAUUUAACGCCCAAAAUGUCUGUAAAAUUAGUUAAAAUCACCUCUGUUUUAAUUUAAAUGUAUUUUUUCUUGAUCACUAUUUUUCAUAAAUUCUGUAUGAUCAUUGUUUUAUUAUUAUAAUUGUUAGUAAUGUAUAUUGGUUUUGAAGAAAUUUUAAGCAACAAUCUUUUAUUGUUCCACAUUUUGAAUCCAUCAUUUUUUACAUUCUGAAAUAAAUGCAAAUAAGAUAUAUUAAUUACCAUUUUAAAUUAACUGUUUAGAGAUGGCUGUAAUAAUUCAAGCUUAAUUGGUCAUUAAUUUAAUAUUACCUUGGACCUCAAAGUGAGAGGGAUAUAUUUUCUUUGUUACAGCACUCAUCAGUUCCUUUAUGAGCAAGUGUAUGUGUAAUGAACCUUAGUGAUACUGGACAUGUGAAAAACUUUGAACCUCUGCUAUCACCAUUAUCAUCACCAUUGUCAUAUCAAAUCAUGUGAAUAGAAAUUGCUCAAUUAAUCUUUUUUGGGACUAAACUUACUGCAAUGAAUGGGGUAAAUUCACAUUUUUCUGAUGGUGUAUAAUUUAAACUUUAAAUUUUUCAAUGUGAAAUAUUUUAACACUUCCCAUUGAGCGUGUAAAUUUUCCUUUUGUACACUUUGUAUGCAAACACUCAAGAUGCACGAGGUUCUUUGUUGGAUAAUUCUGUCAAAUGUAUUUUUUAGUGCCAAAAUGUGAUAUGUAUAUUAUUAAGUAUACAACAUCCUAUUACUGUUAAAUGCAAGAUCAUGCAAAUUCUAUUAUAAUUUAAAACAGUUAUCCUAUUAUUUGAUGCAGAUAAUUAAUGUGCAAUUUUAUUUUCUGACUGUAGGUUUGAUCUAGUUCAUAAUAUAAUUUUUGGUUUUUCAGUGUUAUAAAAUGUUGACUGUUGGAAGUUCAAAUGUGAAAGCAGUUCAUGGGAGUAGUUGUUAGUGUUGAGCUUGGAAAAUAACUUCUUUCAUUUCUUUAUUUUAAAGUCUGGAUGUUUGAAUGAUCUUAUUUUAUUUUUAUUACUUUCAUUUAUGUUUCAUCAUCAAAGAACCAAAGAUAUUUUGUAAAUUGCUAUGUUGUUACUGUUUUGUUUGCAGUUACUUUGGUCUGUUACAAGAUACUGUCAUGAAAUAUUCUCAAAUCAUGUAACAAAUUAUUAAUGAGCAUGCUGUUAUAGCUUUCCAUGCAGUGAAAAUUAAUUUAUAAUUAUAUAUCUUUUUUUUCUCUUUAAUUUAUUCUGAAAAAUAAUGCUGCAAGAUUGAUUGUUAACUUAGUUGUCCAAUAUAAAAGAGUGUGAAGAAUACAGAGCUCAUCAAACUGUCUGCUGUCUGAAAGAAUUUGUUUUUCAUUUUAAAUGAACCAUCUUCUCUCCCAUGCUGGUAGGGCACUUAGAUAUUUUUCUUAUGACAUGUGAUAUUAAAAGUGUAUUAAUGUUUGUGAAGCUGCAAUUGUGAAACAUUUCACGAAGCAUUUCCAUAACAUGUCCUUGAACAAGCUUUUCUCUUUUGAUUUGUGGAAAACAGGAAUUUGUAAAAAGUAAUUGUGUAUGUAGAAAGAGCUGUACAUAGCUUAAAUGGCAGUGUGUCUGCCUCAUUGUACAUUUUCUGAAUAGUCUUUUAUGACUGCCAAACAGUUGUGUGUAUGUGUUAGCUCAUAAUUUUUGCAAUCGGUUUUCUUAAGGCUUUACACAUUUAUCAAAUGUUAUUUUUUUAUAAAUAGCUUUCGUUUCCAUGUUCAUACAGUUGUGUAUAAUGUGUUAACAAAGCAUUGUACAUGUGUGUAGAAACCUCCUUUGAGAAAACUGAUUUCACUAAUUAUGCUCUGAACAUGUCAACUGCUGUAAGUUAUCUUAUUAAAGAAAGAGUUUUUAUAUAAAAAAA